AUGCAUCACGUUAACACGAGUCCCCACGUGGUGCGCGCCUAUUGUCCUUGGUUUGAUUGCCAACGCCGUGUUCUUUGUCUGCCACAGGAGCACUGCGACGAAUCACUUUGGGACUACCGCAACCGUCUUGCACCCGCUGGCAUCCCUGGGAAGAUCUUGUGCUCUUUGCUUCUCCAGUGUCUGAUGGCUCUGGCGGACUUGGAGCGUGGGGGCGUCGUGCACAACGACAUAAAGCCCCCGAACAUCCUCCUGGUGUGGCCGAAGGGGCGUGACGUUGGCGUGCCCCAGGUGAAGCUGGCCGACUUUGGGCUGUCCUCCUUAUCGCUGGAGAUUGUCGACCAAAAGGUGCCAAACCCCGUCAGGACACCCUACUACAUGGCCCCGGAGACCGUCAACACCUUUGGCAGGCGUGCCCCACACGCCCGCGACAUUUGGAGCCUCGGGUGCACGUUUUACGAGCUCAUUGUCGGUGUGGUUCCGUUUAAAGGCAGCUCCCUUGCUGCGAUUCACGAAUGCGCCACCCAAAAGACUUGUGUGAGGAGCUGGAACGGGAAGCGGACAGGAGAACUGCGCUCCAAGCUGCGCGGUUUGGUGCAGACCAUGUUCACGCUCGUUCCCGAGGAGAGGCCCACGCCACGUAGCCUGCAGCAGAAGUUGUCCACUCUGUGCACGCACAUUGACCUUCCGGUGCCCGCAGAGGCGGGCGACAAUUCGUACGCGCGCUACAGAGUGUGUCGUCCCCACCUCCGGCUUCCUGUGUUCACCCGGCCGGUGGCCAACGUCGCGUUCGCGACUGGCAAAACUUUUUCUAGCACCAACCACAACAUCAUCGCCAAGGCACUGCGCUGUCCCUCGCAGGGCCGCUCACUCGUCCACCUUCCCCGCCCGUUCAACCGCUACCCCAGUCGGUCUCCCGGUGACCACGCCCUCGGUUGCGACGACGCCGCGGAUGCCGCGUCUGCACGCGCGCAAACCGUUCCCGCAAUAACAUCAAGCCUUUCUCGGCGAUGUGCGUGGUCCCCGCCACCGCCAUCACCCGCUUCCGUGUGGGUCCAUGUCGUUUUUCCGUACGAAGGCUACUGCCAGCUGGUGCUCGGCGGCCAGCACGUUCUUCACGUCUACGAGGAUGCGCCGUUCCACCAGUGCCCGCCGCUGAGCUCCGGCGACAAUCUCAGCAAAGCGCGCGCCACGUCUGCCGCAGCACGUGCCUUUCCACCCCCUACUUAA